GUGUGUUGCCUAGACUUGUCCUGUCGUUUGACGCAAGUCAAGUCACAAUGAUGUACGUUUUUGCGGCUUGUUAUCUUAAUGUGCAAAUUUUAAUAUUUUGACCAUCGCAAAUCGUUUUAUUUUACGAUCCUUUCUAAUUGCACACAUGAAAUAAGUUUAAGGAUCCUUUAUUUUAAAAUGGCACAAAAAGAAAAUGAUAUGCUUGCUGGACUCGAGCACCUCCUCGACGAGUUCUACAACCCUAGCACAACUAAUGAGCGAAAGAGGAACAUUGAACAACAACUGAAUGAAUUCAGUUUACAGAGAGACUCAUGGAAGCUAUGUAUCAAUUUUUUAAAGCAUUCUACAAAUCCAUUUGUUUCUAUGUAUACUCUCUAUCAGUUAGAGAAUGUGAUAAGCAGGCAGUGGAACUUGCUUGAUGCAUCAGAGCAACACUACCUAAAACAGUCAGUGAAUGAAUUCACGUUUGCACUGAACAGUACAAUGCCGAAUUUCAUUCGAAACAAGGUGGCGAAGGUAUCUGUGGAAAUAGCGAAGCACACGUGGCCGAAGUACUACAUGGAGCAUUACAGUGUGAUCAUGCAGCUGCUGCACAACGAGCACGCCCAGCUCCUCGGGCUGAUCUUAUUACGGACCACGAGUGAAGAGAUCCUGUGCCCUAGCUCACAUGUUUCCUCUAACUACAAGGAAGCCCUGAUGACGUUUUGCACUGAACACAUUCCACAGAUAUUCCAAAUUUUGACUGAAAUUUUAGACAGUUUAAUCCAUAAGAAGCGUCACUACGCAACAGCAACUCCACCGCCCUCACCGACUCAUCCCACACAGGCGCCGGUUUUAGCCCAGCAAAUAUCCGCUGCAUCAUUUCGACCCGACAGUAAAGAAAUCGGCCGAGAGGCGCUUGCCAUUCUACAGCACCUUUUCUCUUGGGUGGAUUUAGUCAUCGUGCCUCAUUAUGCACUUUAUACAAUUUUUAAAUUUACAAACACUUCUAGUUAUGCGCAGGCUGACGAUGACAUGUGCUUCUUGGCCAUGACGGUGAUAAACGAGCUUCUCUAUCGUAAGUGUGCGCCUCCUGCAACACAUCAACUGUUCAUGGAAUUGUAUCAACACACAGCGCUGUUACUGCGGGAUAUCUCACUCCCGACUCUAAAAGUUGAGGCUAUGGGUGCUGCAUUUGUUGAUAAACUGUGCGAAAUGUUGUCAUUAUUGGUGGGUCAACAUCUAUGGCGCUUAGAAAUGCAAGCUAGUUUCACCGCCGUCGAGUUCCUCGGUAAUUUGUUUGCGUUGACAUUUCAACUGCCGACAAUCGAGGGAUAUUUACGAUGCCUGACGGUUUGGACCACGUUUAUCAAGCAGAUCAAGCCGCAGAAUGCUCAUAAGUACUCGCAGCCUUUAGUGGCGCUCGUCAUGACCGUUCUGGCCAAAAUGCAGUUUACAAACAACGCGGCGCAAUUAGAAAAGAUCAAUGAUACCGAUCCAAAUGAAGAUAAUGAGACUGAUUGGCAGAUAUACCAAAACGCAUGUAUCGAAAUCAUCGCACUAGUGGCUGAAUUUGCACCAAUGGAUACGUUUGACCAAGUGUUGGCGCCAUGGAGAACAGCCAAUGAUGUUUACGCUACGCUACGCACGAUGGAUGUGACGCACGGCACCUUAAAGUUGGUGCCUUCAGAGAGUCAAAGACUGCACUGUAUUCUUAAAGACUUAGCGACAUUGACGCAGACAUUGGCGCGCUUAUCAUCGAACUUUAUGGACCAAGGUGCCGAAUAUUACAAAACGUCGAUACCCACCAUUCAGGGUUUACUCGCGAAACUCAUCGAAAGCGCUGCGUUGUCGAGCGCGGUUGGUUUUUAUCACUUGAAAACAUGCGAUUCAAGACUUGCUUCUGACUUCACUGAAGUCCACUGUCAAUUAUUGGCCGCGCUGAAGACUUGGUGCACCUGGUACAAGUGGAAUACAUCAAACAAGCUGAAAGAUCUGAAUCCACUGCUGCUGCUUGUCUUGCCACAUGUACGCGCGCCGCAGGCUGUUCCAGCGAAAGUGACUCUAUCGGCAGCGCACUUUUUAUUCAGCAUUACCUCUGCAAUUCAUCCGCCGGAAUUGAUGCAGAUUCCGGACGCACUCGGACUCAUUCAAGUGGCCAGCACGUUACCAUACCCGAAGAAUCAAAGUCGAGAUGUGGUCCUGUGUGCGCUAGCUACAGUACUCUUAAAACCAUGGGGUGAGCUCUGCACAUCCGAUGCACAGGCGCGUAAUAAUCUCAUCCAGAGCCUCUUUGAGGCGAUAUCACAUGACUACCGCCAAAUUAAUGAGUACUGCGGUGAUGCUAGAAGCUGCCUGGACAUUACGGAGCAAUGCCUUCCAUGUUUCGUGAAUAUCAUGGACUACUGCAAGGAGUAUCCGGUAAUCUCCAAGAAGUAUCUCUACGUUGCACUCAAGCCAACCAUCGAUCAUACAGUGGAUGUAUUCUCGGGAUUUUCCAAGUAUCCGAUGGUCGUCGAGCUGCAACUGCAGUUCUUCAUUAAAGUACUGGAAGUACUGCAGCAGCAGAUGAGCAUCGCGGCAAUACGCAAGGCCGUGGACGUUUUCCUCGCCGCCGCAGUUCGCGAACAGCAGCAAAACCAAUUUGGUGGACUGGAUAUGUUGUUAAAGAUACUGCAGUUAGUUAUUGAGUCCCCUGGUUCGGCGUACAAAAACUUUAUGGAGGGUAUAUUCGAAUUGUGCAUGAAAAACAUUUAUCCCGCACUGAUACAGCAAGCUAACGAAUAUCCAGAUGCCAUUAUUGCUUUAAUUAAUUUAUUGCAUAGUGUGCUGUUGAAUCGUUGGAAUUGUUUCUACGUGUCGCAAAUUCGGCUGGGGAAUUCGCCAGGGUGUAGUGAUGUGGAACCAGCAGCAGACAGUCCCCAGCAAUUGGAGCAAGUCAUUCAGGUUCUAGAAGUCUUCGGACGCUGUUUACUGCAAAGUGAUAUUAACAUCUUCCGUGUUAGUUUGGGUGCUUUGGAAAAUUUAAACGUCAAAUGGAAGUUGUAUCACAAAGCAUUAUUCAAGGAACAGAUGCUUGGUCAAUUUUUGAAUGUCUUGCUGCAAACCAUGCUGGACAGGACUCACCAUUUGCUCAAUGAAGAUAUCAUGCAUGCGUUUUACAACAUGGCUGCCGUCAGUUUCUCCCAGUUUUUUGAUCGAUUUUUGACACAAUACAUUGAUAAUCUAGACAGACUUACCGGGCACCAACGCAAUACUUUGCGCAAUAACUUUUCGCACUCUACUGAUAUGCCUACAUUUGUGCUAAACUUGCAACGUUUUGUGGACGACGCGAGGUGCUUUAUCAUGUGCAACAGCAGUUUACCUCCAGGCUCCGUGGUUUUUUAAAAGAUGGUCGGCUGUACUACAGUUUUAUUUGGAUAAUUGUGACUUAACGUCUAGAUAAAUUUCAAAUGCGCAUUUUGCUUUGACUCAAAUUAUUUUAUUACGUUGUUAUUUCGGAAGAUUUCUUAUCCUGAAGUUACUUUAAGAAAAUUCUGUGUAUCAGUAAAUUAAAAGAACGUGAAGAAUCUAAAUCAAGAAGUUAUGUUGGCAACAAUUAAUGUAAACUGUUUCAAAACCACUUUAGAAUCAAGUGUUUUAUUUGACUUUAUAUUUUUAAUAAAUUAUUUGAUAAAA